AUGUCUUCAAUAUCCUUUCCAACUCAGGGCCUGGAGCUCAUCUUACUGUGGAGGAAAUCGCUUCUCGAAUUCCGACUGACAAAUCAUCCAAAUGCAAUUUUGAGUUUGGAGAGAAUGCUAAGAUUUCUGAGUGUCAAUUCCCUCCUAUCUACAUCUCUAAGACCAUGCCCAAAUGAUAAAUCCAAGCAAGAAAGGACUUAUGCCCUAACAAAGGACACACUUUGUUUAGUGUCCAAUGAGAGUGGAGUUUCUCUAGCCCCAAUACUAAAGCUGUCAUCUGAAAUGGCCACUGUGAAGAGCUUGUACAUGCUCAAGCACUGCGUGCUUGAAGAGGGGUGCGAUACUUUCUACAAGGCCCACGGAGAGACUACGUUCGAGCAUAUGUCGAAGAGACCUGAGCUUGGUCGAUUGUUCAGUGACGCUAUGACCGCUUACUCUGCUAUAUGUUUUGAUCAAAAGGUAUUCACUGACUACAGAGGUUUUGAAGAGGUGACAGAGCUGAUGGACGUAGGAGGUGGCGUGGGUAAUUCUCUUGCGAAAAUAGUAUCUAAAUAUCCCUACAUCCAUGGUAUUAACUUUGAUUUGCCUGAUGCUAUUGCCCGUGCUCCUAAAUAUCAAGGUGUGAAGCAUGUUGCGGGAAAUAUGUUUGAGUCAAUACCACAUGCCCAGUCGAUAAUGAUGAAGUGGGUACUUCAUAACUGGGCUGAUGACGUGUGCAUUAAGUUGCUGAAAAACUGUUGGAAUGCGUUACCGGAAACUGGGAAGGUAAUAGUUGUGGAAUUUGUAGUACCUGAAGUACUGGAAAAUACACCAGAAACAAGGAACAAACUCGUACUAGACAUGACGAUGAUGGCCCUUUUUCCUGGGGGCAAGGAGCGAACAGCAGUUGAAUUUGAUAACCUAGCAAAAUCUGCAGGUUUUGUUGGAACAAAGCUUUUUCCAAUUUCAUAUGGAUAUCAUGCGAUUGAGUUUAUCAAGGGGCCUGGAGCUCAUCUUACUGUGGAGGAAAUCGCUUCUCGAAUUCCGACUGCAAAUCAUCCAAAUGCAAUUUUGAGUUUGGAGAGAAUGCUAAGAUUGCUGAGUGUCAAUUCCCUCCUAUCUACAUCUCUAAGACCAUGCCCAAUUGGUAAGUCCAAGCAAGAAAGGACUUAUGCCCUAAUAAAGGACACACUUUGUUUAGUGUCCAAUGAGAGUGGAGUUUCUCUAGCCCCAAUACUAAAGCUAUCAUCUGAAAUGGUCCCUGUGAAGAGCUUGUACAUGCUCAAGCACUGCGUGCUCGAAGAGGGGUGCGAUCCUUUCUACAAGGCCCAUGGAGAGACUACGUUCGAGCAUAUGUCGAAAAGACCUGAGCUUGGUCGAUUGUUCAGUGAGGCUAUGACCGUUUACUCUACUAUAUGUUUUGAUCAAAAGUAUUUAUCAAAGAAAAUGUUAGCGGGACUAUAUUUUACCAUCUCUUUAAUAGAGAUGACCUCUGUUCGUAUUAAAAAAGUAGUACAAUGUGGUCGUUGUCCCCUUAGCAUUACCCUUCAUCAAAACCUACGUCAUGCAUGUUCACAAUAUUAUGCUUUGCAGUGGGUACUUCAUAACUGGGCUGAUGACGUGUGCAUUAAGUUGCUGAAAAACUGUUGGAAUGCGUUACCGGAAACUGGGAAGGUAAUAGUUGUGGAAUUUGUAGUACCUGAAGUACUGGAAAAUACACCAGAAACAAGGAACACACUCGCACUGGACAUGACGAUGACGGCCCUUUUUCCUGGGGGCAAGGAGCGAACAGCAGUUGAAUUUGAUAACCUAGCAAAAUCUGCAGGUUUUGUUGGAACAAACCUUUUUCCAGUUUCAUAUGGAUAUCAUGCGAUUGAGUUUAUCAAGGGUAAACCAUUCAAGAAGUAGUAUGCAUCUGUGUGUUUACUUAUGCACCCAACAAGAUCCUCUCCGGAUCUUUUUGGCGAGGAUCCUGAUUCAUGAAUCAUGUCUGUUCAUCGUAUAUCGUGUGAUCAGUUUUUAUCAAGUAUUGUUUGUGUUUAAUUUUAAAUAAAAAUAUUUAAAAUAAUUUCUGAUUGCAUGAUAUACGAUGAACGGACAUGAAUGACGAAUUCCCGAGAUCCUCACAAAGAAGAUCCGGCGAAGAUCCAGGUCUAUAUACACCACAUCUCCUUCCUUUAGAAUGUGCUAGAUCUUGGGUU